GGUAAUAUGAUAUUUCAAGAUAAAACUAUUUCUUCGCCGAAACAAUCACUUUAACGUAAGAAGGUAAGUUACCUAUCGCAUUCUUUUUUGCUGAACCUAUCAUAUCGUAGUGUACGAUAAUGUGAGAUCAAAUUUUGCGGAAUUUUUACGGUUGUUACAGAGAUGCCAAAAGUAACGAGUUUUUUCAGACAAAUCCUCGUCCUGAUUCCAGUUUAUGUAGGUUCCAUCUUCUCUGGAAUGGGGUACUCGUGGGUUGCCUCAUACAUGAUGUUAUUACAAUCUGAAGAAAACAACUCAACUCCCUACACCAUCCAGCAAUGCACUUUACUAGCUUUAGCAAUGCACAUUGGACGAAUCACCAGCGCUUUCAUCAGUGUUCUUGUACUGGGAAAAUUUGGUCGUAAGAUACCUCUCAUCAUUGCAUACGUUUUAUUCCUGAUCUCAGCUGGAAUGGUGUUGAUUAGCACAGCGUACGUGGUAGUGGCUUCAUCCCGAUUCGUGAAUGGAAUCGCAAACGGCGUACACGAAUGUUUCGGCACGAUUUAUUUGGGUGAAAUUCCAUCGAAAAAGAUCCGAGGCAUGAUAUGCUCGAGUGUGACAGCUUUCUUCAAUUUUGGAAUACUGGCUCAGUACGCUUUGGGAACCUACAUGAGCUACGUCAACGGAGCCAUUUUAAGAAUAUCUUUAGCAACAGUCUUGGUUUUAUCAACGUAUUACUUGAUCGAAUCUCCGUACCAUUUAAAACCUCUGGAUUCGGAUAAAGCAAUGAAAACCAUAGCCUGGUUACAAGCAAUACCAUCGAAGCAAGCUCAACAGGAACUUGAAAAUAUCAACGUAGAAAACGCCAACUUGAUAGAUUUCGUAAAACGUUUCAAAAAACCAGAAGUGUACAAGAGUUUUGGACUAGCUUUAUCCUUAGGAUUCAUCGCUACUGUAAUGACAGUCGUAGUCAGUUCUUUUGCUAAUUUCAUAAUCCCCGAAACUGAUUAUUUGAAUUCGCAUCAGUUCGCCAUUCUUUUGACUAUUGUACCUAUCGUCAUGUAUACAUUAUCGGCUCUCAUCAUCGAUCAUCUAGGCAGACGAUUACUUCUAUUAGUUGGCUUCUCUUUAGGUAUAUUUUUCAACGCACUGAUAACUUUAUUGUAUUACAUGGAAGAAACAUCAAUCCUGAACAUACCCAACUUCUCUUGGGUAAUAUUUUUUAUUAUAGUGAUGUUUUUAAUUACAUAUUUUCUAAGCAUAUCUCCAACCGCGAAUGCUCUCCGUACAGAACUGUUUCCUACUAGUUGUAAAGUUAUAGGUGUUUCGCUGACGGUUGUGUGUAAUUCGUUGGCUUAUUUAUUCGGUACAGUUUUCUUCCUUCGGAUAAGCGAGUUUUAUGGGUUGUAUCUGAAUUUUUUAAUUUAUUGUGUUUGCUGUCUCGUAGGUUUAAUACUUGUGAGUGCGUAUUUGCCAGAAACGAAAGGGAAAAGUUUGAGUGAAAUACAAGAAAUACUAAGAGGUGAAAAUAAAACUGUUUCGUAAAUUUAGAGUCAGCCAUGAGAUAUGUAGGUUAUAGGUAUCCAAUCUGAAAAAAAAAAAACGUCUCGAGAGCCUAUCCCCAAUUUGAAAAACAAUCAAUUUAUCCAUAAAAAUUCCAUUUCUGCGUCAAAAUUUCUCUAAAUAAUCAUUUUUCAAGAAAAAAAAUUCCCCAGUACACCAAGCUACGUUAAAGCCCUCACAUAAAACCCUCAAAGUUGAAAAAAAUCGAAAAAAAUAUAAUAGGUAGGGGGUAGGCGAAUACGUGAUGGAAAUGAACCAAAUUCGAGGAUGGGUACCACGAACACAUGAAAAUUUUAAUUUUUUGAUUUUUCCAAUUUCUUGAGAGGGAAUUCAAGAUACACCUUUUUAAUCAAAGGGGAGGGGGAACUUCAUUUAGUGGCGUAUAACCAGGAGUUUCUCAAGAAGGGGGCAAAACUACAUUUUUGGGCAUAAAAAAUCGAAGUUCAAGGUAAUUUUCUGAAAACCUUUCACGAUGUGUGAUAAUUUCAUGCAAACGAAGAUAAAAUGACUGCUUGAGCGAGAAUUUUCCGAAAAAUAGGUCUAAUAAACAAAAAAAAAGUCCAUUUUUUCUCGCAAGAGAGGGAAAUGACCCCCAUAUGCUCCCCUUAACUACUGAAAAUAAAUCAAAUCUAAGGAUCUGAAUGAGAAAACAUUUUAAUUUUUUAGAUUUUGCAUACAUUUUGAGAAUUGGGGUGAGGGGAGGGGAAGGAGACUUUCUGACAGACCUAAUUUUACAAUAAUUUCCAGGAUUUUUUUUCCAAUAAAACCCACAUUUUUAGAGGACAGCAACAAAAAAAAAUCGCAGCAUGAGAGUUGACUUUCUCGUAUAGACCAAAUUGAUAUGUUCAGCUCCAUUUUACUUUUCACCGAUGGAGCUGAAAAUUUCAUGACGUGAUUUUUUUUACCAGGGCUUCUGACUCUAUGAAGGGGGGGGGGCGAAAAAAUUUUCCAUCAAGUGUAACGUACACCAUUUACCUACCUGUCUUUAAUUUUCCCUCCAAAUGAAACGCUCAAUUCAAAGAAUAAAUUUGAAUUGAAAUUUUGUAUUUUUCUUCUUGUAGGUACAUACAAAUAUUUUUUGACAAAAAAUGACCUGAAAAAAUUUUACACUUCUCAAAUGAAAAAUAAAAGCUUUAUCAUUUAAGCAAAAUUUCCCAUUAGGAAAGCAGGUGUUUUUCCUUGCUGGUUUAAACAGUUGGUGGCAACAAAUGUACUCCCGGGGGGGGGGGGGGAUAUAUAAAAUUAGGGUCGGAACAAGCUCCGUGCGGUGUUACAGAAAUUUUCAAAUUUUAGGUAAGUAAUACGUUUUUAUGGCCAAUUUUGUUCACUCAACUGUUUUUUUUCAAUAGAUGUAACACACUGGGGGAGGGGGGGCGGUAAUGAAAUAAAACGUGGUACGAACAUGCUCCUCAGGGGGUACAGUACAUUUAUCGAAGGGGCAGAUAAAAAACUCAGAAUUAAACAAUGGGAAGGGUGAAACGUGACUGCGAGAAAUUUUCAAAUUAAGUACAUGCUCCCCGGGGGGGGGGGUGCUACAGAAAUUUUCAAAUUUUAGAUAAUAGCUUUUUUAAAUAAAUGUAACACACGGUGGGGGCAAGGUAAUUAAAUAGAACUUGGUCCGAACAUUCUCCCCACUGUGGUACAUUUUUAAAAGGGGAAAAUAAGCAAACUCAGAGUUGAACAAUGGGAAAGGUUUUUACAAAGAAAUUCAACUUUGAUUUGGAUUAGAAUUACAAAAAAAAAAAAAUUCAAAUGCUUGGGUAGUUUUUUUUAAAAUCUUCCGAAACUGAAAUGUAUUUAAUUUUGUUUUUUUCUGGUGUGCUUUUUUCGCAUGAAAUUGCUGUAAAUUAUUUAUUGAAAAAAUUAUUAAAAUUGAAAAAAAUAAAUAAAUUCAACUCAUCAACUCAAAAAUCUGAAAAGUACAAGCAGAAAAUGCAUUUAUAACUCUUCCAAGUUAUCAUUUGUCUUACGAUUCCAUAUUAAAUACCUACACUUGAUGUAUAAUUAAUUAAUUAUGUUGUAAACUGAUCUUGAUUAUGAUUAAUUAAUGACUUGAUAUAAAGCCUUUUUUCUUGUAAUUUUGUACAGUCAUUUGUUUUCAAUUUUUUUUAUAACAAUACAUACUACUUAGCACAUUUUUUUGUAUUAUUAGAAUUACCUAUUUGAUAGGUAUUAAUAACGUGCAGUGAAAUGAAAAUUAUUUAUUUAAAAUAACUAUAAUUUUGAUUUU